AACUGAUCUAUCUUCCUCUAAUAAUAAAAAAUAAUAAUAUAAUGAUACCCUUUUUCUAAUUCUAUCUUGCUUCCCACUCACAUACAACACACAACAUACAUUACGCACGACAUAACACAGCCAUACGUACAUACCAGCAUAACAAUCCGUUACUUCGUAUCAAUUCUUCUUCUUCUACUUGAUUCCCCAAUUUAAAUUUUUUAUUUUCCUGCUUAACAAGUCGAGGGUCCUCAUUAAAAAAAGAAAGAUAAAAAAAAAAGUCUUGGCACCCUUCUUUCUCUCCCCUCAAUUAUUAUUAUCAAUUACCAACCGAGUGUUUCUUUAUAUCCAUCCAUUCCCAUUUCCCGCCGCGGGUCCCCCGACCUUGUGCCUAGUAACCUAGUAGCAAUCAAUUAGAACAAUUCCCCCCCAUUUUCCAAUUAGCUAACACACACAUACACACACACACGGACGAUCCGGCACUUAUUCCCGGAUGCGCCAUCCUGCAGUCUUGUGUUCAUUUCAGCCUCAAUUGAAUCCUUCGGAGUCGGUUUGCAUGCGGUUUGAAACGACGACGUACGCGCAGGCGGGUGACACGCAUAUGAGCAGCGGCAGUGGUAUCAGUCGGAAUUGGAACAAUACCAAGUACAGGGAGCAAAUGCGCAUGUCGUCAUCCCAGAUCCUCCCGACGGAUUUGUCGUACGGCAGCAGUAACGGAGUCGUAGUAGGACGAGUGCGUUCGGGGAGUUCUGCUGCUGCCACCAGUACCACCACCACCACUGGUUCCAAUUCCGCCAAUUCUGUGGUCUCCGCAUUAUCGCCAAUUGCGAUCCUAACUCCAACCUCGGCGAGCACCCUCUACGCCUCCCCCGAUUCGGCCGGGGGACAGACAUUUUUCGGCGGCGGUGGUGGUAGCAGCGCCAAGUCUGAACCCGAUGACGACGAUAUUUACGACGGCGCCGGCAGCGGGGAUAGCGUUGGUGAUCAUGGUCACCACCACCACCUCGGCCACGGCGCCGUAGGUUCCGUCGCCACCGCUUCUUCCUUUGCCGAACCCGCCAAGAAGAAGCAAAAGCGCAACAAACCCACGCUGUCGUGUCACGAAUGCGUCGAGCGCAAAACGAAGUGCGAUAGAGGUAGACCUCACUGUUUAGCAUGUAUAAAACGACAAACGGAAUGCAAAUAUGCCCACGUAGCGAAUCUCCUUGAGGAGACAUCACGAUCAGCCACCAACGGCCGACGGAUGACGAAACCACCCAAGAAGAAGGUGACAAUGAGCGGGAUGAAGCCCGCAAUCCCAAACAUAGCAGAUAGAGGUAUUCUUACUAGCCGGAUCGCAUCUCCAGCAUCCAAUGUCUUCGGGGUAGGCACAGAACACCCUUUCGCCAAUUACUGGACAUGCGAGGGCGGAUUACCCGAAGUUAUCGGCGUCCUCCCCGAAAAGUUGCAAGCCGACAUCUUGCUUAGCCAAUAUUACGAAUGCGUGGAUCCAGUUUACCCUAUCGUCGACCGUCAUACCUUCUACCUGGAAUACGAACACUUCUGGGCGCUUCGAGAUGCGGAGAAGACCGACGCCGCUUUUGUAGGUCUGAUUUUCAUCAUGAUGGCCCUAGGAACCCAAUUUGUUACCACAACAAACCCUAAGGAUCGCAAACAAACCUCCGAAUUCUACGCAUCGGCGGGCAACCAGGCUUUACGUAUGUCCUCCUAUCUAAGUACAGCGACGCUAAGCUCCGUUCAAGCUAUGGUCUUAAUCGGCUACUUUUUAAUAAAUGAUAACCACGCCUCAGAUGGGUGGGCAUUUUCCGGCCUAUUAUUAAGGCAAGCCUAUGCGAUGGGUCUUCAUCGAGACCCAAAUAUAGUAAUCCCCAACGCAAGCGAGUUCGACAAACAACAACGGCGUAAGCUCUGGCAAGCCGUCCUCGUCCAAGACACCUUCCUAACAGUCCUACUCUCAUUACCCCCAAAUGCCACACAUACCGAUGUCAAAGUCGACGAUUUCGUCGGCGACCCAUCCGGCUUUGGUGAUUCCGACCCUAUCGACAUAGCGUACAUCCGAGGGACUUGGAUGUUGGCCAAUUUGGUCCAGGAAACCAUCUCCAGUCCUCGGUCCCUCGACGUGCCUAUCUGCUCUACUCAACGGCAGAAAUCGAAGCUUGUUGCUGACUUCCGCGCCGUAUAUCGUUCGUUCCCUGACGUCUUUCGGUCGUGGGAUCAAGAAAGCAUUGCGCAACUCGCCUGUAGUAAUAAGCGUGUCGUGAGGCAAACGCUGUUCUUAAGCAGUAAUUAUUACCACAACCUCAUGCUAGUACAUGCUUCUGAGAGCCCCGACGUACCUGUCAACGUUAGAGCGACCCUCGAAGCCGCUCACGAAGCGCUAUCCUGUUUCUUCGUCUUGUUUACGUUAUUCGAUCCCGAGGCACGCGUAUGGUGGGUCUUCCACCACAGAGCUUUCUUAGAGGCAUUGUGCAUAGGGAGUGUUCUGCGUGAGGCCGGUAGAGACCCAGCUACUGCAGACCAGUUCUUGAGGGACCCGCUGUUCGCUAGGGCGAAGGCAGAUAUAACUCGUAUGAUCCAAAUCAUGAAAAUAAUCGCCGAUGGAGACCAAGGCUCCGAAGAUGCCAGGACGAGAGUAGAGGUCCUGAGUGAGUUCUUAUAAGAUGGACGGGCAAUGUAUUGUAUUUGUCAAUUAAGUACAUAACCACCUAUUCUUCGACUUUGACUUUGGCUUCAACCUUGACUUGGCUUUUGUCAUCGCUGCCACUACCGCCGCUCGUAUUGGCAUUGCUGCCACCGCUUGGGUUGGCAUUGUCGGCUUAUAUAUAUAAUCAGUAAGGCUUAUAGAUAUAUUACGAAUGGGGAUUUUUACCUUCGAGACGGCGCCGGAG